AUGACAUUGUUCUCAGGCCCGUCAGCGAGAUCCCCUCAAGAGCUUCGAGGUGAAGAGUGUGAGCGCGUCGUCGAAGACUUAGCCCCUCCCGAGGCCGCGGUCGCUAGUGCCGGUAGACUUGUGUCUAAUGAAAGGACUGCGCAGAACGCUAGUCCUAACUACCAAAAAUUACACGCACGACGUAUCCCAGUUUGGGAUAGUCACAGACUGGCCUGUCCCGGCCGCGGUGCAAUGACCGGAGCCAGCCCGGGGUAA